GAGCAGCAUCUCAGUCAGACAGCCGAUGAGUUUGAGUCAGUACCUCACCAACACACACAAAAUACUUUAAGCCUCAGAGAGCCGUACAUACAACAGGAAAAGAGAGCAAGAGAGAGAAAAGGGAAUAAAAGACUCAUUUUUUAUUUAUCUGUUUACAAGCCGCAAAAGAGGGAAUGCCAUCGAUAAACAUGAAAUUGGAGAUGUUGACGCUCAUCGCCUGUGAUGUAGACACGGAGGUGUUUACAUCCGACAAAAUGCAGGAGCGGUUUGAGGCUCUGUUCAGGAUCUAUGAUGAUCAGACGUCCUUCCAGAUGUUCAAGAGUUUCAGAAGAGUUCGGAUCAGCUUCACCACUCCAGAGGCUGCUGCACGCGCACGCAUCGAACUCCACGAAUCAGACUUCAACGGCGUUAAACUAAAACUGUACUUGGCACAGGUGCAGAAUUCAGGGGAAGAUGUGGACAAGGCAUACCUUGCCCCGCCUCAACCUGUCAAGCAGUUCCUCAUCUCUCCACCUGCAUCUCCACCUGUGGGAUGGAGCCAGAGUGGCGAUGCCACGCCUGUGAUCAACUACGACCUGCUGUGUGCUGUGGCCAAAUUGGGACCAGGUGCGUGGAGCCAAAGAGAUAUGGAAAACGAGCAAGAAGGUGAGAAGUACGAGCUGCAUGCGGGUACAGAGUCCACUCCUAGUGUGGUGGUCCACGUGUGUGAGAGUGACGCUGAGGAAGAAGAAGAAGCCCGGCCAAAAGCCAAGAUAGUCCAGACCAGACGUCCCGACGGUCCCCCAAAAGUCUACAACUAAAACCUUCAGCACACAGCACACGUUUUUUCUCUCUCUCUCUGUGUCUCUUUCUCUCAUCCAGGGAAAGGCACGCUUUAUUUCAAUAACAAAAAAAAAGCUAAACUAAGACAUGGAUGGAUUGGGAGGGGUGCUCAAUGCACAGGUGACUUGUGGUGUUCUGAACUGGACUCGUGGACUGAACACACUGUCUCACCGCUGCCUCACGGGACAGACAGGGGGCGAUGAGCUUGCGAACCCCCUCUCACAAUCAUAACACUUUCCAUUCUCUCAUUUAGAGUCUUUGUCCUGUACCAUUCAAGCUCAGUAAUUGUAAUUAACAGUCGUAGAAAUAGGUUACAUGUAAGCUUUGUUACUGUUCGUCUCAAUGAUUGAUCAUCAAAGAAAAAAAAUGCUUUAAAAAAGGAAGCGGACACAUUCUGCUUUCUCUGUUUCUCUCUUGAUGGCUGUCGCGUUUAUCUCCAUAUCGGUCAAGGUUGGGACACCUACAGCGGUGCCGCGGCUCGCUGAGAUUGUGACCUAUGUGCAGAAUUAUGCCUGUUCAUACCAUGCUAGGAUGGGAUGACAAGUUGUUCGAUGGAAACCAUAUGAGCGAAGGAGUCGAAUGUUUCAGUCAUGGCGGUGAUGACGAGAGGGUGUUAAACAUGUUCUUUCACCAAGUUAGAUGUUUAUUAUUCUUACUGUGUAUUUGAUACCGCACAUUUUUGCAUGCUAACUGGUGUAUUUUAUACUCUGUUAAAACGACUUGGAACAUAUCUGACUGCUGUCUUUCAGAGGGAUGGCCUUGGAAAGUGAAGAAACAGUUGUCAGGUGUGAAGUUCGGCAUUUUGUACUUGUAUAGCGCAACGAUCACUCACGGGCAAGAAAAAGCACAUGUUAUUAUGGGUCUUAGUUUCACCCCAUCUUUGUUUGCCGCAUUUAUGCUUAAGCUUUUUUAGAACCAUUUGCAUUGUUUAGCACUGAUAAUGUUUGGUGUCUCUGCAUAUGUUUACUGAAUCUACACUGCUCAAGUUUCAAGGUGAAAAUCAAUGUGACGACUGACUUGGCCCCAGACCCACUGUAUGAAUGCUUUACUACUGUCAUAUCAAUGUUAACUGUUGAGUAUUUUGCAUUGACAGAUUAAGUCUUAAAGGUAUAGUUCACCCAAAAAAUACAAUUCUGUCAUCAUUCAUGCUGAGAAAUUUUAAUUUUGAAGAACGUUGAUAACCCAACAUUUCUGGUGCCCAUUGACUUCUAUUGUUUGAUCAAAAAAACAUUUCUCAAAAUAUAUUCUAUUAUGUUGAAGACAUGAAGUAGUACAGCUUUGGAACAUCAUGAGAUCAUUUCUAUUUUUGGGUGAACUAUCUAAUGACUUUUAUGUCUCGCAAAUCAUCAUUUUUUCCUGUUUAUAAAUCUUCACUGUUCAAUUCAUACCAAAACUGUUACAAAUUAAUGAAUGAUGUAAUUUUAAGAUAUGCGUUGUAGUAAUAAUGUACAGUCAGUGAAGCAGAAUCCAGCGAUUGACCACUCAGAUUGAGGAUUGCAGAGAGGCAUGUUAUAAUGGUGUCAAAUUAGCCUUAUUAAAAGUCAUAUUUCAGUCAAAAAAUGAAGAAAAUCCAGUUAAAUGUUGAAUGAAAUUCAAUCUUUUUUUAAAAAAAUGAAUCAUGGUGGUGUAAAUCACAUAAAAAAAGAAAUCAUGCAAACAAAUAACUGUGAUAUUCAUGUGACUUUCUAAAAUUGCCUUUGCUCCCUUGCUCCCAAAAACAAAUCCUUCAAUGACGAAGGACUCCUUUAGCAAAUAACAAAGAAAUAAGAAAGAUAAAAAUCUAAUGGAAUUUUACUUUUUUUGUAACUCUGCAUGCUGUGACUUUUCCAUAGAUGCAGACAGUCUUUCCCGUUUGUAUUUCACUCUGAAUGCAGCCCUUUUCUCCUGCCUGUUUCUACCUGUUUUUUUGUUGUUGGUUUUUUUUUUUUUUUUCAGGUGAUCGGUCACUACAGGGGUGAGAAAUAUGGGUGAGCAAAGCUCUUUGAGUUAUCGAUAACCAGCAUAUAGAAAUGUUUUUGACUCUUUGAGUAUUGUGUGUGUGUGUUCAACUUUAAAACAAAAGGAAGAAGUUAAGCAAAGUAUAUGAACACAUGAAGCAAAUUUGUACUGAGUUGUUACAGAUAAGCCUGUCAUUGGCAGCAUAAUGUAUUGAUUUUUUUUUACUGACUUUAACGCUGUUGUUGUUUCGUAUCAGUAAAAUGAUCUUGUUCUUUCUUCUUUUUUUAAGGAAGGCUACAGAUGGUCAGUUCUAUCACUGUUGCUGUUUGGAUUUAGAUAUUGUCAAGUACUGUAACUGUAGUUCAUAACCUGUGAACAAAGCAAUAAUUUAUGGUUAUAUGUCCAUGUUCUAUGGUAUGUUUUUGUUUGUUUGUUUUUUUGCAGAGGUGUUCUCUGACUCUUAGCUUGCUUAUGUUUGUGUAAAUAUGAUUAUUUGUUUCUCAUUGGCAUAUAAAUAUAUAUAUAUAUAUAUAUAUAUAUAUAUAUAUAUAAAUAACUGAUUCUUUAAAAAAAGAGCUGUAUUGUUUAUUUCACACAAAUAGUCAGGUACCUAAAUCUAAUAUUUAGGUCAGCUAUCUCAAAUCAAAUAUUCAAUACCGUUAAAGUGUGUGAAUAAUGUUUUAUAGACAUACAUUAAUAGUGAAUAGGAAGUCCCCACCAAGAUAUAUUUACAACAGUUUUUUUUUUUUUUUUUUUAAAUGUCUCAUUCCAUCUGUGUCACAUGCCUGCCAUGUGUCACUUAUACUGCAUUUGAGUUCUCCCUCUCCUUUUGAAUCGUGACAAUCUGUGCUUGAAGGAGUGGUCAAGUAUGGUAAAACAAUUCAACUCAA